CUAAAUAUCACUGAAUGAUUUCAUUUUCGCUUAUUCGCCGUGACAUCUGUCACUUUCUUAUGAGAAAAAUAAAAUAUUUUUAACAUUUCUCUAGUAGCAAAAUUAUUUCAAUAAUUUAUUAAAAUGCUGCGAUUUGGAGUAACAAUUGCUCAAAAAGCAACUGGCAGUCUUAAAUUAUCCACUGCAACACGAUCACUCUACGUAACCCCCAAACAUCAAUUUUCCACCGAAGCUACACACAAUGCCGAUGAUCCCAUAGACAUACCAAAUCCCUAUGAAAAGGAGAAACAAAAAUGCAUCCUUUGUCGACAUGACAUUACCCCCAACUAUAAGAAUGUGAAAUUACUUUCUCAGUUCCAAAGUCCUUAUACUGGUCGUAUUUACGGCCGACACAUUACUGGAUUGUGUUAUGCCAAACAGGAACAAGUUGAAAAGGCUAUUAUUCAUGCACAAAAUUGUGCAAUGAUGCCAUACUAUCACAAGGAUCUAGACUUUAUUAAAGAUCCAAAACUGUUUGACCCCGAAAGGCCAGUUAGACCACAUAAAUACUAAAAGAUUAACAAUUAACAAAAUAUAUUUCAUAAAUAAAAUAAAUUAAA